CUCCUGUCUCUCUCCCCUCCUCUCUCUCUCUGCUGAUGCUGUUGCAUGAGGAGCGCGCGGAGGACGGACCUGCAUCCCUUCAGUCUGACGGACCCGGAUCUGAUGAGGACAAAACCCGGACAACAGAGACCACGACCAGCACCGAGGUGAGGGAGACCCGCUCUGUGCUGUGUUUGACGGACCGGGGGAAUAAUCUGGAUCCGGAUCACGCAGAUCCUCGGCCCUCUCCUCGGGGCGUGACGCAGUGAUUGUGUUUAACAUGCACAAUCCCCUGGGUGUGUAGUUUGUAUUGUGUAUAGGGGUGUUUGUCUGUGUUUGUGUGUGUGUGUGUGUGAGUGUGUGUAAUCGAGGACCUGAGAUGAGCUCAGUGGGAGCUGAGCGCCGCAGGCCAACACCGGUCCAGACGCCCGAGGAGAAGAUCGUGUGGAGGGACCCGGGACGAGCAGGAUGGAGGGAUGCAGGGAGGGAGAGCUGGAGGGAGGCGAGAGAGAGCGGCGUGGUGCAGAGCUACAGCUUCGACUCAUACCAGCUGGAGGAGGAGGACAUCAGUAAGGACGCCCCGGAGAGAGGAGUGCUGGCUCUGUCCGAGACCGACUCCGAGGAGCCGAUCCCUGAUGACCGCUACCAUGGGAUCUACUUUGCCAUGCUGCUGGCUGGAGUGGGCUUCCUGCUCCCCUACAACAGCUUCAUCACCGACGUGGACUACCUGCACCACAAGUUUGAAGGGACGUCCAUCGUGUUCGACAUGAGUCUGACGUACAUCCUGGUGGCUCUGUUGGCCGUCAUCCUCAAUAACGUGCUGGUGGAGAGACUCAGCCUGCACACCAGGAUCACAGUGGGUUAUAUCUUCGCUCUGGGCCCGCUGGUCUUCGUCAGUGUUUUUGAUGUCUGGCUGGCGAAGUUCACGACGAGGCAGGCUUACAUCAUCAACCUGGUGUCAGUGGGAGUGGUGGCCUUUGGAUGUACAGUGCAGCAGUCCAGUUUCUAUGGUUACAUGGGGAUGCUGCCCAAGAGGUACACUCAGGGCGUGAUGACGGGGGAGAGUACAGCCGGGGUCAUCAUCUCGCUGUCUCGGAUCUUCACCAAGCUGCUGAUCCCGGACGAGCGGAGGAACACGCUCAUCUUCUUCCUGGUCUCCAUCAGCAUGGAGAUGCUCUGCUUCCUGCUGCACCUGCUCGUCCGCCGCUCCCGCUUCGUCCGCUACUACACCAACCAUGCCCAGGGCAAAGGUCAGGGCAAAGGUCACGACCCCCGGGACAACGGGACCGGAUACCGAGUCCACCAUGAUGUCACCGCAGAGGAAGUAAGAUUUGGAAACGGAGGAACGGCGCCGCCCUCCGCAGAGGAAGGCGUGGAGGACAUCGAAGGAGGGACGUACGUGAGAUUUGAUGCUCCUAAAGCCAAGAUAAGGAAGAGCUGGCCUGGAGUCCGAGAUAUGAUCCUGCAUCGGUACGUGGUGUCCCGUGUGAUCUGGACCUACAUGUUGUCCAUCGCUGUGACCUACAGCAUCACUCUGUGCCUGUUCCCCGGUCUGGAGUCAGAGAUAAGGAACGUCAUGUUGGGGGAGUGGUUCCCCAUCCUCAUCAUGGCCACAUUCAACAUGUCCGACUUCGUAGGCAAGAUCCUGGCCGCGCUGCCAUAUGAUUGGUCUGGAGGCCGCCUGCUCUUCUUCUCCUGCCUGCGGGUGGUCUUCAUCCCUCUGUUCGUCAUGUGCGUGUACCCGGCCAGCUCUCCCACCCUGUCCCACCCCGCCUGGCCCUGUCUCUUCUCCCUCCUCAUGGGCGUCACCAACGGAUACUUCGGAUCCGUCCCCAUGAUCCAGGCUGCUGGAAAAGUGCCGCCCGAACAGAGAGAGCUGGCAGGAAACACGAUGACGGUCUCCUACAUGUCAGGCCUGAUGGUCGGCUCGGUCGUGUCGUACGCCGCUUACAGCUUCUCGGCUCAUGGAUCAGGAACUCACCUCCACACACUCACCUUACACACACCUGCCAACGCCUCGGGGUACUGAACGUCCACACACAGACGUACACACACCUCCACACACCUGCAGCCCUUAACACACUGAUCCUGAGGAGUGGACUGACUGAUUCAGGUCAUGGUUUGGAUCAAACAUCUGGACUGGGAUGGACUCUGGAGACCGGAGCUCAGCGGGCUCGGGAGUCCUCUGAGUGUCUCACUGUGAAUUUAUCUUGUGCAUGCGUGGGGGGGGGGGCAGAGGGACCAGGAGAGUCCUGGUGUUUCAGAUCUCAGUCAGACGGUUGGUUUGUUUCUGUUUGCAGCUCCUCAGGUCACCGUUGAUUUCUGCUGACUGCACCUUUAAAAGAAGAAGAGGAGGAUACUCCCCUUCAUCGUCUGUAGAUCCCUUUAGAUCACGUUCAAACUAUAACCACCUUUCAGGACUUUAAGGAUAUAUAUUUAUAUAUAUCCUUUAAGUCCUGAAAGGUUGCUGGAACAUCAACUGAUCUUCUGACUGAGUUCAUGAUGUGAGAGCAGAACUCUGUCACACAUUCAGAGAACACCUGAUCACCUGAAGGUGUGCGCUCAGACUGCAGGUUACUCUGAGCGUGUCUGUUUCCAUCACAGCAGCAGGAAGCAGGAAGACACUGCAGAGCUAAACUACGGUGUGCUGAGAGGGACAAACAGCACGCCGUGAGUUUAAACCUCAGUCUGUUUUCAGUUAGCCGACUAACGCUUCAUCUUUAUUACCUCUUCAUUCAGACGGACAGAGGACGCCUUCUUCCUCAGGUGAAGUGUGCGCGUCAAUAAAACAAGAAAAGUCCAAUUAAUAAAAACUGUGCCAAAAGAGACGAGGCUAGCUAGGUGAGCGUGGACAGGAUCAAACGUGAGACACAUUUAUUACACUCUGCUGAAACAGUUCCUGUUUGAGAUGUUCUGCUGAACCUGAAGCUAACGCUCCUGUUCUCAGGACGCCAGAGAAACUCUGUGGGCGUGUCUCAGAGGAACUCUGUGGGCGUGUCUCAGAGGAACUCUGUGGGCGUGUCUCAGAGGAACUCUGUGGGCGUGUCUCAGAGGAACUCUGUGGGCGUGUCUCAGAGGAACACAGGAGUCUGAUUUCUCCUUUAAAUCACGUCAGUCUGUUUGUCCUGUUUGACCAUCGCUAACGGAAACACUUCACACACCUGCUGGCUAACUUUUACGUUAGCCAGAUAGCAUCAUCGUUAGCUAGGACUUCGUGCCAUACAUUUAAUAUUGUGUAGAACUGCAGAGGUAAUAUGAGCCAGCUCAGGUGUUGAAUGCUAACGUUAGCUGUCUCAGGUUUCCUUUAGAGAGCGACGCCUCGUCUCAAACUUUCCUGAUUUCCUGAACUACCUGCCUCACACCUGAGAUUAAAUGUUGAUGAUGUUGAUGUUGAUGAUGAUGAUGAUGAUGAUGAUGAUGAUGAUGAUGAUCUGUAUCAGCUGUUAUUCAGUAAUGUCAGAGUCAUGAGUUAGCGGGUCUCUGUCCUCUCUCUUCUUUCUUUGUGUAUAAAGAACAAAUGUUGUGUUUACAGUUGAAGGUGGUCACUGAGCGUGCUCAGUGUGUCCCUCUGAACGGUGCAACAUCCUGUAAUGAUGUGGGACGUGACGAAGACGCAGCUCAGACACUGAUCAGUGUUGGAGGAGAGGAGUGUAAAUAUAUAAAAGAAUAAACAAACUGAAGG